AUGUCUAUAUACAUAGCAUACAUACACAAGCACACAAGCAUUCCUUGCUUUCGAAACAAGUCACCCCGACACCAGAUCCAGAUACAAGCACUUCACCGCUACGCCACAACAAAAUCAUUCCCAGAAUUUAGAGAGACAUUCGACAUAUUUGACUGGAACAAGGAUGGAAAGAUUGACGAGAGUGAAUUGGGUCAGAUGAUGUCCAAAUUAGGUCAGGAAGUUGACCCAAAUGAGGUCAAGGUUAUUCUGAAAAAGGCCGAUAAGGAUGGUGAUGGUUUUAUAAAUUUCAACGAAUUUGUGGACGUCAUGUUGGCCAAUAUUGGUGUCGAUGAAACUGAACUCAUCAGACAGGCUUUCCAGGUGAUUGACGUGGACAAAUCCGGCAAAAUAUCGGCUAAAGAGUUGAAGAAUGUCCUAAAAAAUUUGGGCGAUAUUAUAUCGGACCAGGAAACAGAUGAACUGAUUAGGGAAAUUGAUCUGAAUGGAGACGGUGAAGUUGAUUACGAAGAGAAGUUGAGUCACUCCAUUGUGUCCUAUCAUAUUCCAUCAAUCAUUGACAUGUGGUUGACAAAACAGAUGUAA